CCUCCCUCCUCCGUGAUGUGACACGCCCCUGGUUGCCGCAGGCUGUGUCAAAACUUUGUAUUGUGGUAACGGCACAUGGCACCGCGAGCUCGUCCCAGUGCGACCUCUGAGCGCGCAGCCACAGGUGGCGUGCCAUCUGACAUCUGACAUCAGAAGAGAGACCGAGACUAGGGACUAGCAGCGCUCCAGUGCUCAUAGAGCCGCUGUCUGCUUUGUUUUGGAGGCAGUUUCAGCUAGAGCUGGUCUAGGAACCUACCUACUCCUUCCUGGGUUCAGUGUCUCGCGGAGUAGGGCGCAGAGAUUUAACAGGUGGAGAAGGCACCUUGAGUUUUGACAAGAGUGUGUGUUGGCUGGAUCACUCAAUGGCGCUGACCGUGAACCUGAUUGGUCCUUCACCAUGGGGCUUCAGAAUAUCUGGAGGGAGGGACUUCAAGAAGGCCAUAACCGUAUCAAAGGUCAACGGGGGCAGCAAGGCAGAGAACGCAGACUUACAACCUGGUGACAUUAUCUUGGAGAUCAAUGGGGAAAACACAGCUGACAUGUUGAAUGUGGAGGCCCAGAACAAGAUCAAGAACUCCAAAACUCAUCUGCAGCUCAUGGUGGAGAGACCUGAACCUUACAGCCCCCGGCAGACUAACGGCAUCAGCACCCCCGAACAACUCACUGGACGCUUUCAGGAGGCAGUAAUCGUGAGCCGAGAUGAGAACCAGAACUACAGAGAGUACACCAUCUGCAGCCCUGCAUCGCUGUCCCCAGGACCCUACUCAACAGAUCCUCCAGCCAGCCCCGACGGAAAGAAGGAGAGGCUGACACCAACCACCAACAAGAGUGUCCAGCUGCGUUCUUGGUCACCAGAGGAGAGGAGCCACAGGCUGUCCAGACCUCUGUCACAGGAGUACUCCCCCUCAGACUACAGAAAUAACUCCGUGUCCAGCAGAACCCCAACCCCACCAGGACGUUACUCACCUCAUAGCCCCAUUGACCGGGAUGUCCCCAUGUCCCCUCGACGCAGCAGUUCCAGCUCCGACUUUGCCAUGCAGAGGUUCGACAGGGACUCGGAGGUGUACAAGAUGAUCCAGGAGAAUAAGGAGUCCCGCACAGCACCUCGUCAGUCAAACACCUUUAAAAUGCUGCAAGAGGUCCUGGAGGCCGACGAGAAAGAGGCAGCUGUGCAGUUUCCAAGUAAACUUUCCCCCAACGUCCCCAAACCAACCCCGUCAGUGGGAGGAGUCAGCAAAUACCACACCUGUGAGAAGUGUGGCACCAGCAUUGUCACGCAGGCCGUGCGCAUCACAGACGACUCCUUCCGCCACCCAGAGUGCUACACUUGCACAGAUUGUGGCCUUAACCUCAGGAUGAGAGGUCACUUUUGGGUUGGAGAUGUGAUGUACUGUGAGAAGCAUGCCAAAGAGAGGUACCAGGGUCCGGGCAGCGCCCCUCGUGCCACCGUGUCCCCUCGUCAGUGAGCCUGCCUCUCAACGCCUGUUCAUGCAGGGCUGCUUGUCUGCCUGAGACGCCCCCUCAUCUGACUCAGUUAUAGACCUUGAGAUGAAGUGUGGAGGUGGACACUAAUCAAUGACACGGCUGAGGAUAUUCUUUUCUGAUCACAUUUAACCAUACUUUGCAAUAUUUCAUACACUUUCUUGCCUUUCUUCUAACUGUAUAAGAAAUGGGGUUUUGUUUUUCUAAUGGCCCAACCUCUGUGGUUUCUUUAGGCUAUUCUUAGCGUUAAUGAUUCACAGCUGCCAUGGACUCCAGCCACAUCACAUUGUACUAUGGCCAGAUUUACACAACACAAACGCUUUAGACACACGCAACAGGACUGAGUCUGAGGAUCAGGAUCAUCAUUUGAAGUUCCUGCUGAAACAAAGGGACCAAAAUCUAACCUACAUUUGCAUGUCAUUCAAAAAAAUAAAUAAAUAAAUAAAAAUGUACUGUACACUGACAGUGCUGUGUGGGUGUGCGUGGGUGCAUGCUUUCACAUGCAGAAGUAUGGUGGCUUCUGCAUGAAUUCCCUGCAUCUGUUUGCGUGACUGUGUUCAUGAGUGAGAGACGAGGGAAGGUGGUCCAAGUUGUUAAAGACAGAAAGGAGUUUGUGAAAUUCAUGCUAGAGUCAGGCCAAAAGCCCUUGAGUUUUUCUGUGUUUCUUUUGUAAGCGGAAUUUAUAAGUAGAAAUAAUGAACAAAAUGCAUAUUAUUUGCUCAGUUGUUUGGCUGUUUUAUUGCUUUUGAGGGAUUUUUUGAGAAUUAUACAGUAUUCAAAUAUUUUUUGAUGUUUUUGUGAUUGAACUGUGUUCUUCAGUAUAGAUCAUUUAAAAUGCAUAACAUAGGCACAGGAUAUUUAGUGUGAAGAGAUUUCACGAUACUCCACCUGUCCAGUUACAGCAGUACUCAGAGACACACUAUGAUGUUCACAUUUCAUGUGGCACUUAAUAAAAGCAGUCUUAAACUUC